CCAAUGUAAUAGCGUUCUUCGUAGAAAAGCGACUCCAUAUUGUUAACUCGAAGUUCAGUAUUGCAUCAGAUGUGGUGUUCUGAAAUACGGAAUGUUUAAACUUUCGUUUAUAACUUUACUAAAACUCGCAUUUUACGUCAAUUGUCUUGCAGGAAAAACCCCAAUAUAUAUUGGCUGUUAUCGUUACAACAAAGCUGCCGAAGAACUAGAGGCCUAUCAACAUUCAUCAAUUCCUCUCACAACUGGUCAUCCCCAGUGCUUUAAACAUUGCAGAAAAUUGAAGAGAAGAUUUGCAGGAAUUAUAUACAAAAAUAUCUGCCACUGCGUCGACAAAGGACCAGCCGAAAAUACUAAAGUAGAGCCAUGUUUUUUAAGGUGUGAAGAUAAUCCAUUUCAGGAAUGUGGAGGCUAUCAAAAGAUUAGUCUUUUAAAAAACCACUUCUUCUCGAAACAUGACCGCCUGUUGAAUUUUGGUAAACGUUGUAUUUCCAAUGAGAAUCAUGGUGCUAAUAAAGAAUGGGAGGCAAUUCACCAUCCAGCUUGUCAAACGUAUAGUAUUUAUGGAUGUCUAUCGCCCACUGAUAUGAAUGCCAAUCGAAUUAAGACAAACGUACGUUCAGGCGUUUCUCUGUACUUUUGUAUCCGCUUCUGUAAGAUUCGAAUCUUCAGCUUCGCCGUUUUUAAUGAAUCUGCCAAAUUGUGUUCUUGCAUGAAUACUGCCAAAUUUUUGGUGAAAUGUAGAUAUCAAAAAACCGAUGCCAACGUGUACAAAACGACUUAUCAUGAGAAUGUUAACGUCGGUUGCUUUUCGCUCAGUUCCGUCUCUAUUAGGAAACAGAAGGAAAUAACUGACAUAAUUUACCUCGCAGACUGUGCGCUUUACUGCCGUAAAUAUAAAUAUUACGGAUAUUCUGUCAAUGCCAGUUGUGGUUGUGAAAACUCCUUCAUUAGCAGUGUUCAACGUUUUGAUAAUUUGUGUGAUGUUACCUGUCAGUCUUCUCCUCCAGACAGAUGUGGAGGUGCAGGUGUAGUAUCCGUUUACGAUACAGCCAUUCAAACCCGGAAGGUCGACCUUUCUGGAGUAGACAGUGAAGCCAGAGAGAAGAAAAGCAAAGCACUGAUAUAUGCCCUGACACCUCUUGCAGUUUUGUUCUUCAUGUUUGUUGGGUGUAUUUUAAUUAUAGACAAGGUCGAUCAAAUUACUGAAAAUUCACAACAGAAGAAAGAAUAAUUUCAUAUAUAUAUUUUUCAUGCAAGUUAUGUACAUAUUUCAACUUCAUGUAUGAACUGGAUUAAAUAAUA